AUGUCUGAUUUAGAAGAUGAUUUACUUGCUUUAGCAGGUGGAGAAGAUAACACCUAUGAAUCAGAUGAAGAAAUCACCAGUUCCAAAAGGAAACCCAUUGUUGCAGAUGAUUAUAAUGAAGAUGAUGAUGAAGAUACAGUAUUAUCCAAACGUCGUAGAGUUGAAUCUGGAGAUGAUGAUGAUUAUGAACCACAACAACCACAACAAGGGGAAGAAGAAGAAGGAGAAGAAUUUCAAGAGAAUGAAUUGAUUGAUCCAUAUCCAUUAGAAGGUAAAUAUAAAGAUGAAGCUGAUCGUGAAGCUUUAGAUAAUAUGGAUGAAAUGGAAAGAGAACAAAUUUUAUUUGAAAGAAUGCAAGAAAUGGAUAAAUAUAGAGAACGGAAAUAUUUACAAGAAAGAAUGAAACAACAACAACAACAACAAAAGAAUGUUGUUGGAAGAAUUGAACCUACUAGAUCUUCAGGAAGAUCAAAAACAGGAUUAAAACCAGCUAAAAAAGAUAAAUUGACUGAAUUAAGAAAACAACGUGCACAACAUUCUAAAAGAAAAUCAAGAAGAGAAGCAGAUUAUGCCGAAGGUUCAGAAGAUGAAGAAGAUGAAGAUGACAAGGAACCAGAAGAAGAAGAAGAAGAGGAUGACGAUGAAGAAGGAUUCGAGGAAGAUUAUUAUGAUGAUUAUGAUGGAACUGUUGCUUGGGGAGGUCCAUCUAAAGUUAAAAAGAAGAGAUCUACAGAAUUAGCCAAAUUAGAAGAUAUUAAUCGUAUAAAAGUGGGGAGAACUAUUUUGACUCAAUAUUGUUUCCAUUCAGGAUUCGAAGAUACGAUAGUCGAUACUUUUGGGAAAAUCAAUUUAGGUAUGGAUAGAUCUACUCGACAACCAAUUUAUAGAAUGGUCAAAAUAAUUGAUGUGAAAUCACGACCAGAACGAGCAUAUAAAUUGGGUCAUUCCAAUUUUGAUAUUUUUUUAACUGUGAGUCAAAAUAAGGAUCAAAAAAAGGAUUUCCCGAUGUCGAUUUUUUCUGAUUCACCAAUUAAUCAAGAUGAAUUUGAUAGAUAUUUAAAAGAAUUGAAUAAAACUGAUGAAAUGAUUGAAUUUUUGGAUGAUGUGAAUUCUAAAUUUGAUGAAUUGACAAAAUUCUAUAGUAAAGGAUUAACUGAUAAAGAUAUUAAUGAUAUGAUUGCUAGAAAACAAAAAAUUCAAGAAAAAAAAGGUAAUAUCAGUAUGUAUGAUGCUGUUAAUAGGAAAACCAAUUUAUUGGAUCGAUUGAAAAUUGCUAAACAACAAGGCAAUUUAGAAAAAGUUCAAGAAAUCAUUGAGAAAUUAAAAGAUAUUGAUGAAAUUUUAGAAUCACAAACAUCUAAUCAACCAACUUCAAAAUCAUUAAAUACUAUGACAUUAGUUAAUGAAAGAAAUCGGAAAUUGAAUUCUACAAACAUUAGAAAAGCAGAAAUUAAAUUCAAAUCAACAGCUGCUCAACAACAAUCCGAUGGUGAUCCGUUUUCUCGUUUGAAAACCGCCACAAGAAUGUUUUAUCAAGAUUUAAUUAAUCAAGAAAAUGAAAAGGCAUUAAAAAAUGUUAAUAUGCAACAAAUGAUCGAUGAAAAAACUGAGAAUGAAGCCAAAAUUGCUAAAUCAACUUAUCGAGAUCUUGGAGAAAUGGAUAAAUUAAUAAAAACAAUUGAUUUUGAUUUUGAAUUGGCAGUAUAA